UAUUUUCUCUUCUACCUGAGCUUUCCAUCCAUAAUUCCUAUUUCAUUUUCUUAAUAAUUUAGCUCAUCUUUUGGGCUAGAAAAAAUUCAUAAAAAGAAGUGGAAAUUUGAAGUAAGAAGCAAGCGACAUAAACUAGAGCCGGUAAAUAGAGCAAGACGAACGAAGAGAAAAAAAAAGUCCAAACAAUUCUCUCUCUCCAUACUAGUUUUCUUCUGCUAGCUGCUCGCCAGUUGUUUCUUUGCAUUUUCUUCUCACCUUCCCCGAACCUCUCCACAAAACUGAAGAUACUCCACCUAAAUAGAGUUGAGUUCAAGAGGAAGAUCAGAUAGAGUUGAGUUUUAUCAAACUAUCGGCAUGGGUAUCUGCUAUGGCACUCCUGUAGACAAUCACAGUCACAUUCACAGCCAUAGCCCAGAAACCACAAAACCUUCCAGCCCAGAUGAGAAACUCAGAGACAACCAACCAAACAAACCGGAAGAGAAUAUUGUCGUGGAAGAUAUGCCUUCAAGCGGAAAAAUCGUAACCCCAAAUAUGAAAAUGUAUACUUUAGCAGAACUGAGAGCAGCCACAAAAAAUUUUAGACCAGAUACGGUGCUAGGUGAAGGUGGGUUCGGUCGGGUUUUCAAAGGUUGGGUUGAUGAGAAAACUUACGCGCCAUCAAAGGUCGGGAUGGGGAUGGCAGUUGCGGUAAAAAAAUCAAACCCAGAUAGCCUGCAAGGGUUGAAUGAAUGGCAAGCGGAGGUGAAAUUCUUGGGAAAAUUUUCCCAUCCGAAUCUGGUUAAGCUUCUCGGAUACUGUUGGGAAGAUAGACAAUUCCUUCUCGUGUAUGAAUACAUGCAGAAAGGAAGCUUAGAAAACCACCUUUUCAGAAAGGCCGCUGAGCCUCUUUCGUGGAACAUUCGCCUUAAAAUAGCAAUCGGCGCCGCCAAAGGCCUCACCUUCUUGCACUCAUCGGAGAAGAGUGUCAUUUACCGGGACUUUAAGGCCUCCAAUAUCUUGUUGGAUGCUGAUUAUAAUGCUAAACUUUCGGACUUUGGACUAGCAAAGUUGGGACCGAUAAAUGGGAACUCACACGUGACAACACGUGUUAUGGGCACUUAUGGUUAUGCAGCUCCAGAAUAUGUUGCGACAGGACAUCUAUACGUCAGAAGUGAUGUGUAUGGGUUCGGCGUCGUUCUGCUCGAAAUGUUGACAGGAUUACGGGCUCUUGACACCAAUCGUCCCUCCGGUAACCAUAACUUGGUGGAGUACGCAAAGCCAUCUCUUUCGGACAGACGAAAGCUGAAGAAGAUAAUGGACCCGAGGCUAGAGGAGCAGUACCCUGCAAAAGCGGCGUCCCAAUGUGCUGAGCUUAUAUUAAAAUGUCUAGAAUCUGACCCCAAAAGUCGCCCUUCCAUGGAUCAAGUCCUGGAAAAUUUAGAAGAAAUCAGUGCCAUUGAGGUAGACCCUAAAAAGGUUAGAGCCAAAGCCAAACGCAAUUCUUCGAAGCAGCGACAAGAGUCGUCGUCUUCUUCUUCUUCUCAUCAGCAUCAUCACCACGGUCAUUAUCGAUCUCCCAUGCAUUCAAAGCAUGGUGACAAUGGAACCAGAGCUCGAUGCAGUCAGCGCCCAUCAAUGGUUCGGUGAAUGUAAUAAACAUAGGUCCGGUGCAUUUGAAUGCAACAAUUUGAUCAUGUUACUCGUAUAAAAUUUACCAUUUCUUCUUCUGUAAUUGUUUUGGGAACUUGUAUAAGUGGCGAACUGUAUGACAUGUUCAAAUUCUGCCACGAAUCGAUCAGAUCUAAUCAACCUCAAAUCCAAUGACCUAGGCACUACCAUUAUUUGUACACUUUGUAUCUGUAAAUUAUUAAAAGAACUUGAAUUCA